UUGGGAUAAAAUAAAGAUCGAUAAUUCGAAACCAGUGAUGGUCGUGUUUAAAAUUAUACCCGGUUGACAUUACUCGAAAACUAAAUUCAUACUAAUUAAGUUCCGAUAAUAACGCAAUUCCCACAGGGAAUUCUAAAUCUUGUAGUAGUGCAUCGACUCAUUACACAGCUAUUUACACACGCGCACAUGUCUCAAUUAAAUGACAACCCAGUUCCAGUACAGUUGCAACGCGCUCGUCUCAAGUCAGUUCAUCUCGCUGUCGCUAUCGCGUUUCAGUUCAAUAACAAAAAUAAUAUCAAUUGCACUGUAGGUGAGUUGAUGCUGCAUCGUUGAAGUAAGCAAAUGGAGCGCGUCUUUCAGUGUCCUCUGUGUGAGGAAUGUUUCGAGUCCAUAAUUUGCCUGGAAAACCAUCUUGGAGAUGUUCACAAACGGUCAAAUCUUGCGGAAUUGAUUGCCGCUACAUAUGCAGGUGAAUCCGAGUCCGUGUCGGUGAUAACUUCGCAACCGGUCGCCACCAACUUGCAAAACUGUGAUAGUCAAAUCGAGAUCAGCCAGGAAGUCCCCUCCGAAAACGAUCAAGACGAUUUCGAUUGCUGUGGAUGCUGCUUUGGAGAUGGUGGCGAGGGCAAUGCUGAAGACUGUCAGUCGACCGGUCAGCAAGAUGGAGGUGGAUGGUUGUCUAGCGGAGAAGCCGAUGGUGGGGGAGGUUCUUGUGAUUAG